UGGUCCUAUUUCCGGGUCCGCUGAGAUUCUUGUUCUCACCCAUCGUCAAUGAAUCAAAAUGUUGAAUUUAUUUAUAUCUAUUCCCCCGUCGCUCUCCAACACUCAAAAAGAAGAUGGAAAAAUUUCAACGGCAAUCUGAUCAUAGGUUAAGAAAAUAUCCAAGUCACCGGACUCCUCCCUCCCCCUCCCCCUGCCUUCUUUUUAUUCCCAGUUCAAUGAAUGUACUUUUAUUUGAUUUGAGCAUCAGAGAAAAUAAAUUUAAUUUAUGAAGCAGACUCCUCCCUAUUAAUAUACGCUGCCACUACCCCCAUUUGCUGCCCGCAUAUAUUAUCCUCAUAGUUACACACAGCAGCUGACAGCGAAGUUGAGGAAGAGAGCGGGAAAAUCAGGAGAGAUGGCGGAGGAGGGUAAAGGUGUUGUAGCCACGGUGAAGGCAAUAUGGGUCUAUCCGAUCAAAUCAUGCCGAGGAAUUUCUAUUCCUCAAGCGCCCAUCUCUCCCACUGGAUUUCGGUGGGAUCGGCAAUGGCUUGUGGUGAAUUCUAAAGGCAGAGCAUAUACUCAAAGAAAUGAACCGAAGCUUGCUCUAGUUGGAGUGGAACUGCCAAACGAAGCAUUUUCUGAGGACUGGGAACCAAAUAAGCACUCAUACUUAGUGAUAAAGGCUCCUGGUAUGGAUGUUCUGAAGGUUCCGAUGAUGAAAUCAGCUGAAACAGUGGAUGGCGUCUCAGUGUGGGAAUGGUCUGGAUCUGCAGUGGAUGAAGGAGCUGCUGCUGCUCAAUGGUUCUCUAAUUAUCUUGGGAAGCCCAGUAGACUAGUUCGUUUUAAUGAUGCAUCAGAGGUACGGCCUGUGGACCCUAAUUAUGCUCGUGGAUACAGAGUUAUGUUUUCUGAUCAGUACCCAUUCCUCUUGCUGUCUCAGGGAUCAUUGGAUGCCUUAAAUGCUCUUCUGAGGGAACCUGUACCUAUCAACCGUUUCAGACCCAAUAUCGUGGUGGAUGGAUGUGAACCAUUCAUGGAAGAUUUGUGGACAGAGAUCUGGAUAAGUAAGUUAAGGUUCCAAGGUGUCAAAUUAUGCUCUCGAUGUAAGGUACCCACAAUUAAUCAAGAAACUGCGGUAGCUUGCUCUGAUCUUACCGAGACUCUGAUGAGCUUCCGUUCAGAUAAAGUCUUGCGCCCGAACAUGAAACAGCAGCAAGGGAGGGUAUAUUUUGGACAGAACAUGGUCUGUAUCGACUCCAUUACUCAGGGAAACACAAAGAUCAUCAAAGUGGGAGAUCCUGUGUUCGUCCUCAAAAUGGUGUCAUCUGCCGCUGAUGCUGCUGCUUAACUCCUUUGUGAUUCCCUCGGCUGUCAUUAUCGUUUGAUGUAAUAAGUUUAAGCUGGUUUAGCAUACAGUAUAGACCGCCUCGGCUCUUGUGAUGCUUUUCCGAUGUUGCUCUGCAAAUUAGAACACCUUCAGUUAGUCUUAGCCUAGGGAAAAUGUAAUAUUCCAUGAUUUCACGGUGCUUGUGAACCGAAAGGCACUUGGUAGUUGGUACUUACUGAAGUGCUUGUGUUAAGACUUAAGCCUAUCAUUGAUGCAUAUAUAACUGAAUGAAGGAUGAAUAUUUUAUUUA